AAGGCGAGCCCCGCCGCCUAGCUCCGCUUGCGGUGCUUUGUAAACCGGCCGCUGGCUGGCAGCGGAAAACAGUCCCGGCUUCGGUCUUCGAAGGGCGCGUCCACGCCGCCUCUUCGCCCCCCCCCCCCCAAACCACACGACUUAAAAGAGUUUGCCCGCCGGUGCGAAAUCUGGCGGGGGAGGUUUGUGGAGGGCGUGGAACCGCUGACAGGAGAUGGCAGGUCGGUAGUACUUAGGUGGACGGCGGAGAGAAGCCAGGCAGCCAGAAGAGAGAGAAAUAAAACCUUCCACCAGCCGACCGCCCCCCCCCCCCCCAUCCCGGCAUCCUGCAUGGGAGAGCUUGAUCAUGACUGUUAGAUAGCAUCCCAUAUCACAAUGACUAUGGCUCCCCGAAAACGGAGUCGUCAUGCUUUGGGGUUUCUUUGCUGCUUUGGGCGGAGUGAUCUGCCUGAAAUCAACCUCAAGGACAAUAACCCUCUGCAGUUCUUGGAGUUCUCAGUGCCAAUCCCAACAGCUGAAGAAUUGAAUGCAAGGUUCUCUGAGCUUGUGGAUGAAUUGGAUCUCACAGAUAAAAAUAGAGAGGCAAUGUUUGCACUCCCGCCAGAGAAGAAAUGGCAGAUCUAUUGCAGCAAAAAGAAGGAACAAGAAGAUCCUAACAAGCUUGCCACAAGCUGGCCAGACUAUUAUAUUGAUCGCAUCAAUUCCAUGGCAGCAAUGCAGACCUUAUAUGCUUUUGAUGAGGAAGAAACAGAAAUGAGAAAUAAAAUAGUUGAAGACUUGAAAACAGCUCUGCGAACUCAGCCCAUGAGAUUCGUAGUAAGAUUUAUUGAGCUGGAUGGCCUGAGCUGCUUGCUGAAUUUUUUGAAGAGUAUGGACUAUGAAACCUCUGAAAGCCGUAUACACACAUCCGUUAUAGGAUGCAUCAAGGCUCUGAUGAACAACUCCCAAGGACGAGCCCAUGUUCUAGCCCACCCAGAAAGCAUCAAUAUAAUUUCACAGAGCUUACGGACGGAGAACAUCAAGACCAAGAUUGCUGUCCUGGAGAUCCUUGGGGCUGUUUGCUUAGUGCCAGGAGGUCACAAAAAGGUUCUACAGGCCAUGCUUCAUUACCAGGUCUAUGCAGCGGAGAGAACAAGAUUCCAGACGCUACUCAAUGAGCUAGACCGAAGCAUGGGGAGAUAUCGUGAUGAAGUGAACCUAAAAACAGCCAUCAUGUCCUUUAUUAAUGCUGUAUUGAAUGCAGGUAGUGGAGAGGACAACUUGGAAUUCCGACUGCAUCUACGAUAUGAGUUUCUAAUGCUGGGUAUUCAGCCUGUUAUUGACAAACUCAGAGGACAUGAAAAUGCAACAUUGGACAGGCACUUAGAUUUCUUUGAGAUGGUUCGAAAUGAAGAUGACUUGGAACUUGCGAAGAGGUUUGAAAUGGUACAUAUUGACACAAAAAGCGCCUCACAGAUGUUUGAACUGAUCAAGAAGAAGUUGAAGCACACAGAUGCUUACCCCUAUUUACUGUCUGUACUCCAGCACUGCUUACAAAUGCCUUAUAAAAGGAAUGGGGGAACUUUUCAACAAUGGCAACUUUUAGACAGGAUACUGCAACAAAUUGUUCUUCAGGAUGAACGAGGGAAUGAUCCAGAUGUAUCCACUUUGGAAAACUUCAAUGUCAAGAACAUCAUUAAGAUGUUGGUAAAUGAAAAUGAAGUGAAACAAUGGCGAGAUCAAGCAGAGAAAUUCCGGAAAGAACAUGUUGAACUGAUGAGCAGGCUAGAGAAGAAAGAAAGGGAAUGUGACAUAAAAACCCAAGAGAAAGAUGAAAUGAUGAAGACACUGAAUAAAAUGAAGGACAAGCUGCAAAGAGAAUCCCUGGAGCUUCGCCAAACUCGGGAUCAAAUGAGUGACCUUGUUGUUCAACUGAAUGAAUUUUCGCAAGGGAAUAGUACAUUCCCAAUUCCUCCCCAACUCCCACCUGGUGGACCAUUUUCUUUGUCCUCUUCUCUACGAUCAUCAGAGAUUUUGCCACCGCCUCCCCCACCUCUUCCUUUCUCCAGCUGUCCUCCUCCAGCUCCACCACCACCUCCAGGUGGACCUCCACCCCCACCUGGAGCACCUCCGUUCUUCAAUGUCAGUCUGCCUCCAGUUUCUUCCACCACCACCACUACUACGUUCAGCAACAGUGAGAUUAGCCUAAAGAAAAAAUCAAUCCCGCAGCCAUCUCAUCCACUGAAAUCCUUCAACUGGGCCAAAUUGAGUGAGGAAAAGAUACAUGGUACAAUCUGGCAUGAAAUUGAUGACAUACGGGCUUUCAAGAUGCUGGAUUUGGAAGAUUUUGAAAAAAUGUUUUCAGCCUAUCAAAGACAUCAGGACCUGUUAACUAAUCCUUCUUCCUCCUGUAAGCCGAAGGAAAUGGGAUCAACUGAAGACUUAUACUUAUCCAGUCGAAAGGUGAAAGAGCUUUCUGUGAUUGAUGGCCGGAGAGCACAAAAUUGUGUCAUCCUCCUUUCCAAGUUGAAGCUAUCUAAUGAAGAAAUUCGGCAGGCAAUUUUGAAAAUGGACGAAGAAGAAGAGCUGGCGAAAGAUAUGUUGGAGCAGUUACUGAAGUUUGUUCCAGAGAAGAGUGAUAUUGACCUGUUGGAAGAACAUAAGCAUGAAAUUGAUCGCAUGGCAAGAGCAGAUCGUUUCCUCUAUGAAAUGAGCAGGAUUGACCACUACCAACAAAGACUUCAAGCAUUAUUCUUUAAGAAGAAGUUUCCAGAGAGGCUUGCUGAAGCUAAGCCAAAAGUGGAAGCUAUUCUCCUGGCCUCCAGAGAGCUCAUCCGCAGCAAGCGCCUGAAGCAGCUUUUGGAAGUUGUGUUGGCCUUUGGCAAUUACAUGAACAAGGGACAAAGAGGAAAUGCGUAUGGCUUUAAAGUUUCCAGCCUGAAUAAGAUUGCGGACACUAAAUCUAGCAUAGAUAAGAAUAUUACCUUAUUACAUUACUUGAUAAUGAUCUUUGAAAAGAAUUACCUAGAUGUGCUUGAGGUACAGUCUGAACUGCAACAUCUUCCAGAAGCAGCAAAAGUCAAUCUAGUGGAGUUGGAGAAAGAAGUUAAUAACGUAAAGACUGGGUUGAAAGCUGUUGAAGCUGAGCUAGAUUAUCAGAAGAGGCGUAUGCGGGAACCAGGUGAUAAAUUCGUCCCAGUCAUGAGCGACUUUAUCACAGUUGCCAGUUUUAGUUUUUCUGAGCUGGAAGACCUUCUGAAUGAUGCAAGGGAUAAGUAUGCCAAAGCACUGAAGCAUUUUGGCGAGAAUGAGGGAAGGAUGCAGCCAGAUGAAUUUUUUGGCAUCUUUGACACCUUCCUGCAAUCAUUUACAGAAGCUAAGCAAGAUCUGGAGAAUAUGAGGAAGAAGAAAGAAGAAGAGGAGCGCAGGGCACGGAUGGAAGUCAUGCUUAAAGAGCAGAGAGAGAAAGAGCGGCGUCAGAAGAAAGCAAAGGCUGGUAGUAUCUCAGAGGAAGGAGGAGGAGAGUUUGAUGAUCUUGUGUCAGCACUGAGAUCAGGUGAAGUGUUUGACAAAGACUUAUCCAAGCUCAAGCGCAACCGUAAGCGUUCAGGGAACCAAAAUCUGGAGAUAAGUCGGGAACGAGCAAUAACAAAGCUCAAUUAUUAAAUAUGGACGAUGUGAAGAUUACACAAAGUGCAAA